AUGAAGGUCUCGGUCUCCUCGGUCCUCGUCUUCGCCUCUGGCGUCAUUGCCGACGGCCGCUUCUGCUCUUGGCCAUUGGUUCGCAACAUCCAGAGCGUCACUCCAGUAUGGACGGCUCCUCAGCUUGUCUCGGGCGUCUUUGUCGGACCUUCUUCGACCACGGGAUCCAUCUCGGCCGGCUACUCAUACACCCAGUCCUGGACCAUCACCGGUGGUCUUAGUGGCAGCGCUGGAAUUGCUGGUAUCGCCAACCUCGGAGUCACAACCAGCUACGGACAAACAACGGCCAAGGGUACCUCGCUGACCGUCGGCAUCACGUGUCCCGCCAACGUCCGCUGCGGUCUCACCGCCUCCACCUACGUCCUCCAGGUCCAGGGCACCGAGACCAUGUACCGAUGCGGCAGCAGUCAAAUGUACGACCAGAGGUGGCCCUGCCAGGAUUCCGCCCCCUCCCACUGCCCGACCAUGUUCUGGAACACCACCGACGCUGUGACCAAGCCUUUUACUGCUUACCUGCCCCUCGCCAAGAGCAAGUCCAACGUCAACGAGCUUCUGUCGGUCGAAUACAACGCCUGCUCGGCCGGUAUGGACUAUGCUGGUAUGUCGCGCUGCCCGGGCUACUAA